CUGGGAGUUUGACAAUUUACCGCUGUCAUCUUAAACCUCUAAAACUGACAAUUUACAUUGCACAUACAAAAAUACAUUCCAAUCUUCAAUAAUGGAAUCCAUCCAAGAAGGCUCCAAAUCACCGGAAAGUAGCGUAAAUUUGCAACCCAGAGGCAGAGCAGAACAAAGCAGAGCGAAGCCCCGACCCACAAGACGAUUAGCUGAAUAUGAAUUGCGGAUUUUGGAAAAGGCAUAUUUUCGAACAAAGGGCCGACCAAACAAAUUCGACUUUAUCGAAUUGGACUGCAAAUUGAAAAAUUUAAGACUAAUUCAGAUCAAACAAUGGUUUCGUAAGAAACCGAAAAAGUUGGGAUCGACAAAGAUUGGACUUCGGACAAUUAACAGCCGGGCUACUGGCAAAAUGACGCCAAUCUGCGCUGAGGAGGAUGUUCGUCUAAACCAGAGGGAUCUUAGAUCACAUUCUGGACAACAACUGGAUAAAGAAUCCUCGUCAUCUCCAUCCGAGAUACAUGUCGAUGACGAAGAUCCGGUACAGCAUCGAAACAUUUCUUCGUGUUCGGAAGACCACGAAAAUCUAUCCGACGAGCGUCUCGGAAUGGAACAGUCUCGAUUGAACGAAAUCGACCAACAGCAAAAUGAGUCUGAAGUGGUUGGAUCCACUGAUUCCGAUGAACACGAAAAUCUAUCCGACGAGCGUCUCGGAAUGGAACAUUCUCGAUUGAACGAAAUCGACCAACAGCAAAAUGAGUCUGAAGUGGUUGGAUCCACUGAUUCCGAUGAACACGAAAAUCUAUCCGACGAGCGUCUCGGAAUGGAACAGUCUCGAUUGAACGAAAUCGACCAACAGCAAAAUGAGUCUGAAGUGGUUGGAUCCACUGAUUCCGAUGAACAAGAAGAAACCAUGAAAGAGUUGGAGACUCAAACAGUUGAGACACAACAAAAAGCCAGUGAUGAGGAAAUAACACUUUGGAAGGUAGCACAAAACAAGUUAGAGGUAAAGAAAGCCAAACUUAGAAGUAAUAUUAUUGACAUUGAAAAAAACAUAAACAGACUUCAACAAAAAAAAUUGGGCAUGAUCGCAGAAGAGUUAAGUAUUGACUUGGAAAUUAUUUCAUUAAAAAAAAAAAUUAAUUAAAAUCGUAACCGCCGGACAUUUGAUGCAAAUUAAAUUCUUUGUAUUCUUUCGAAAGCUCUCGUUUCUUGUGGAUCACAUUAAAAAUCGUUUU